AUGAUUCCCUCCUCAGUACUCCGCGCCACGGCCGGCCGUGUCCCCCUCAGCCUCACCCAGGCUAGUGCCCAGCUCAUCCCUCCAAUCCCCCUCUACCGUCGCCUCCUGCGCGUGCACCGCAGCCUCCCCCACGAGAUGCGCUUCAUGGGUGACGCGUACGUCAAGUCCGAGUUCCGGGCCACUCGUUCCACCGACAACCCCGUGCACAUUGUCGCCUUCCUCACGCAGUGGAAGGCCUACCUCGAGGAGAUUGAGCGUGGCCUCACCGAUUCAGAGGGCAAGUGGCAGGGCCGCAGACUCGACCCAGAGGUGCUUGACAGCCUCAAUAAUGAGCAGAUCGGGCAGCUGUACGAGGUCAUGCACGCCGCCAAGGACGUGUGGAAGACGCCAGAGCAGCUCGAGAAGGAGGCUGCUGAGGCCGAGGCGCGGUCCGCAGCAGGCAAGGAGUAG